GCGAGGCGAGGCGCGGCGGCCCGCUCUGCCCUCGACGGGCUUCCAUGGCGCUGGCGGGGCUGCUCUGCUUGGCGCUGCUGGCGGGGACCUUGAGCGGGGAAGGGAACCCACCUCAGGGUCUUUCUCUGGAGCUGAACUGUGGCACUAGUCCCGGCCAAGUGACGCUGGAGCCGAACCAAACUCUUAUGUUGGACUGCACCCUGGCUCCCAUUGAGCAGCUCCUUGGCAUCUCCUGGAUGAAGAACGGGCUGCGGGUGGUGGAAGAGGAGAACCUCCGGCUCUUGCCCAAUGGAUCUUUGUUCAUCUCAGCAGCUCAGGUGGCUUCGGAGGAGGGCAACUAUCUUCGAGGGUCUGGUGCAGAGGGGAAUUACUCCUGCAUCUCUCACAGAUCUCUUGGCUCAGUUGCUGGCCGAACAAUUCUGCUUCGUGACUCAACAUUGUCUCAAUUUUUUCAACAUCCAGAGUCCCAGAUGGUGGAAGAGAAUGGUGCUGCCCGGUUUGAGUGUCGGAUUGAAGGGCUGCCCACUCCAGUAAUUACCUGGCAGAAGGACCACGUGCCUGUCUCUUUGGAUCCCAGGUUUAUCGUUCUCCCAAACGGAGUCCUCCAGAUUGUAGAAGUGCAGGAAAGUGACGCUGGGGCGUACCGCUGUGUGGCAAGUAACUGGGCAGGGAGACGUUACAGCAGCGACGCUGUUCUCAGCACCUUGAAAGGUAAUCAGCCACCAGCAAAGGGAGACGUGGCCAUUGCUGUUGCCCCAGUGAACACCACCGUGACGGUUGGGGAAAGCGCCGUGCUGGAGUGCAUGGCCUCCGCGGAUCCCACGCCGUUUGUCUCCUGGAUACGGGAGGAUGGGAAUCCCGUUUCCACUGAUGUGAUCGUGUUGGGACGGACCAAUCUCUUGAUUCCUCAUGCCCAGCCCCAUCACUCGGGAGUGUACGUUUGCCGUGCUAAUAAACCCCAGACCAGGGAAUUCGUGACUGCUGCAGCUGAGCUCCGAGUCCUUGCUCCCCCAUCCAUCUCCCAAGCACCCGAAACCAUUUCUCGGACCCGAGCCAGCACCGCCAGGUUUGUCUGCAAAGCAGAGGGAGAGCCAACUCCCAGCAUCCACUGGAUGAAGAACGGGGAGCCCCUCUUGUCCAACGGGCGGGUGAAGGCGCAGAGCAGCGGCACCCUGGUGAUCAAUCAGAUCGGGUUGGACGACUCUGGCUACUACCAGUGCGUGGCGAAAAACCAUCUGGGCACGGCGUGUGCCACUGCCCGGCUGAUGGUGAUCGUGCGGGAAGGUCUGCCCAGCGCUCCUAAAGGGGUGACAGCUAGUUCGCUCUCGAGCACAACAGUCUUCGUAUCCUGGGAACGUCCGGAAUUCAACAGCGAACAGAUAAUCGGGUUCUCGCUUCAUUACCAGAAAGCUUUGGGCACCAACAACGUGGAGUUCCAGUUUGCGGUGAAUAACGACACGACAGAAUAUCAGGUCAAGGACUUGGAGCCCGAUACUAACUACGUUUUCUAUGUGGUGGCCUAUUCGCAGCUGGGAGCCAGCAGAACUUCCUCUUCCAUCAUCGUUCGGACUCUGGAGGAUGUUCCAGGCGCAGCGCCUCAGCUGUCCCUGUCGAGUACCACGCCGACAGACAUCAAGGUGACGUGGCUGCCUCUCCCUCCCGAACUGAGUAAUGGAAGGAUCACCAAAUACAAAAUCGACUAUGCCCCACUCAAAGAAGAUCUGAUUUCCUCUAAUGAAGUGGGUGCAAAUGAAACACAGUUCACUCUUUUUGGCUUGCACCCGAACAAAGUCUACAAAGUGCGCAUUGCGGCAAGCACGAGCUUGGGCUACGGGGCCCCUUCUGAGUGGACGCAGCAUCGUACCCCAGACAGAGACAACCAAACGCAUGUUCCGUUUGCCCCAACCGAGUUAAAAGUCCGAGCCAAAAUGGAAUCUCUCUUAGUGACUUGGCAACCCCCAGCCAAUCACGCCCAGAUUUCAGGCUAUAAGCUCUACUACAGAGAAGUGGCUCCCGAGAAUGUGAGCGAGAAAAGCCCCACUGAGAGCCCCAACAACUCCCUGUGGGAUGUUGGCCCAAUAAAGCUGAAGAAGAAAGCCAAGCAAUAUGAACUGACCCACCUCGUUCCUGGAAGACUCUAUGAGGUGAAGUUAGUGGCAUUUAAUAAGCAUGAAGAUGGCUACGCGGCAGUGUGGAAAGGCAAGACAGAGAGAGCUCCGGUCACUUCAGCCAACCCCCCAGUUCGGAAGGGUCCCCCGCUGCCCCCGGCCCAUGUCUAUGCUGAAUCCAACAGUUCCACUUCCAUCUGGCUACGGUGGAAGAAACCCGAUUUCACCACCGUGAAGAUUGUCAAUUACACUGUGCGCUUCAGCCCUUGGGGGCUCAAGAAUGCCUCGCUUGUGACUUACUACACGAGUUCUGAUGAAGAUAUCCUGAUUAGUGGACUGAAGCCAUUCACCAAGUACGAGUUCGCCGUGCAGUCGAACGGCGUCGGCAUCGAUGGGCCGUUUGGGAAUGCGGUGGAGUGGUUCACCCUUCCGGACAGGCCAUCAACUCCUCCCUCAGACCUGCGGUUGCACCCUCUCAAUCCCUAUGCAGUCCAGGUCCACUGGUGCCCCCCCUCGGAACCCAACGGCAUCAUCGUGGAGUACGUGAUCCUGUACAAUGCCAACAACACACAACCAGAUGAGAUGUGGACUCUCCUGACAAAAGAGGGCAAUACCUUCAGCACCGAGGUGCACGGGCUUGAGAGUGACACCAGGUACUUCUUCAAGAUGGGAGCGAAGACGGUUGUUGGGUCAGGCCCAUACUCAAAUGUGAAGGAUGUGCAGACUCUGCAGGAGCGGUUCUCAGACCUGCUGGACGUUCACUCGGUCACGGGGAUCAUCGUGGGAGUCUGUCUGGGCCUGCUCUGCAUUCUCUUCUGCAUGUGUGCCACCUUCCACAGCAACAAACCGAAGGAAUCAGUGCCCGGUUUGGAUUCCCAAGCAGCCAGGAACCAUGUGUACUAUCACUGGAACCGGCAGCCGCUGCCUCCCCCAGUGGUUCCAUCCGAUUCACAUGAGCUGGAGUCUCUCAUGUCCCCGCUCCCCGAGGAUGCUCCCUCACCCCUGACAGACAUGGACCUCCCGAAAGUGCAGGGCCUUAUCCAGGGCAGCCCUCUGGAGGACAGCGCAAGCCACAUCAUAAGGAAGCUGCCUUGGGAUAAGCCACUUGAUAGCUGGCCAAGCAACAUCACCAGCCACGGAGAGACCAUUACAAAGGAACCGACUGUGGGUUCGAACGGAGCCUUGAAGAUGGCGUCCAAAGGGGGGCAGAACCUCCUGUUACAUGCUUUGGUUUAUGAGGCUGUUAUGACUGGGAAGAAGGAACAAGUGCCCGGCAGCCUCAACCAGAUGGAAGCGGAGGUCAUCGUCCAUUCUGAUUUCUCAGCCUCCGACAAAUAUUACGAUUCCCAACUACAUGCCCUGGACACAGAAGUGUCCCUUUCUGAGGACGGCAGCCCCAAACGCCUCCCUCCAGAGGGAGUCCCAUCUCAGCAGGCUUCUCCCAGCCACUCCAAGUUAAGCCAAGAAGAUGAAAGUGAGCUGGAGGCCUGUGCUGCGUUGCUAAGGACAGAAAGGCAGACUCACAACAUGGCCUCCGGGUUUCUGGGGACUGCCACUGGCUUCCCCAGGCCUGAGGAAAGCCUGGACUCGGUGGGGAGUGGGGACUCUGGCUUCCUUCAGGAACAGGGGGAGAAUGUGGACCCUGUUCCCUGUGAUGCUUUCCCCACAAGCCAGUCACAGGCCCUCCUCUGUGGUGGCCUUUCUAGUAUCAUCAGUUCUCCCACAGCAUUUGAGAACAUCGUAUGCACACACCAUCUUUGAAGAGAGCAAUGACUAAAUUUUUGUCCCUGGCAAAGCUAGGAAUAGCGUAACAUCCUCGAUGGUACUAAAUAGCCUCAUAAUUCAGAGGGUGGAUGAAAAGGAGGGUGGAAAAAGGCUUCUCCAAGAGUAUUUAGGAGAAGAGAACCAUUCGUUAACUGUUUGCUUUCGAACCCUGAGGGCUGCUUCCUUUUAACCAUUGCAGUUUUCUCCUUGGACCUCCUAGAACAUUCAGUCUGUAAAACUGAGCAACUAGUAUGCCAAGAACAGCGGGGGGGGGGAACGCAGGGGGGGCUUGGGCUGCGUCCAGCCACCUUUCCCCAACCUGCGUCACUCCUUCCUACCGCUGUGUACAUUUGAUUCUAAGCAAAGGGACCUUGGCCUAUGGACCUGAUGUUAUGUGCCUGUGACUAGGAACAUUUCCUGGCAUGGUGCAAAGAAAACCAGGGUGGAUCCAUCUUUGGGCGGCCGUGGUGGUGGACAGCUCAGCCUAGAAUUAGCUCAAGAUUCCUGGGGCAGAGGAAACAGAGAUCCAGGCAGGGAGAAUGGAGUGGAGGUGACAUGCCUGAAGGGAGAUUGUGCCACAGGCAUAGCUUCGUGACAUCAGAGAAGAGCUGUGGAGCUCAUGCUUUGUUGUAGAUUGAAUAGGCUGCGGAGCUCCGUGCGCUGUCUUUGAGCUGGCUGGACCCGCCCCUCCCCUGGCACCAAGAUGGUCACUGGACCGCAGAACCGGCAGUUGCCGCUGUGACCAUACUUGAAGCUAUAGACAUGGCUAUGGAAGAGUCGUUUUCAAAAUUCAGCUCUCCUUUUUUUAAAAAAUGUAAAGCUUCUUGAUGAAUUUCAGCACAAUAAUAUUAAGUAUCAGCUUGCCAAAUUAAGUACUUAUGCAACCCUUUUGCAUCCCCCACCUACCAAAAAUAUCUAGCAGCAUCCACAACUGGAAAUGCUGGGGGGAAAUGCAUUAGGAAAUUUACCUUUUUUUGCAAACUCGCUUAGUUGGAAUAAUGGCUGGAGAUAUUUCCUCCCACCCUCAAAAGCCUGUCUGAGCUCUGCUUGAAGAUAUAAAGAAAGAAAUAUAAGGAUAAAGACAAUGUAAACUUUUCAGAGAGAAUAUUAGUACAUUUUAUCUCACUUUUGCCUCUGGUUAAACAGGUUUGAUAGCAGUGGAAAAAAGAGUCCAGUAGCACCUAUAAGACUACAAAAAUUUGUGGUAGGGUAUGAGCUUUCGUGAGUCACAGCUCACUUCUUCAGAUACUUCUGAAAAGUGAGUCAGAGAUACUUCUUCAGAUCUGAAGAAGUGAGCUGUGACUCACAAAAGCUCAUACCCUACCUCAAAUUGCAUGCAAUUUUUUUUGUGUGCACAUAAGGCAGGUUGAAGAUGGCUAGGAGGCGACUUAAAAUCCAUUAAGUGAUCUUGUGAAUAUAGUUUACUUAUUCUGCAGGCUUUAUCUCCAAUAUGCCUCCCUUGAUACAAGCUGUGUCAGAUAGGUAUGAGCAGGGGUCAUUUCGUAGAAAAGAGCUGGAAGAACUCAUUAGCAUAACUCAUUAGCAUAUGCCACACCCCUGGAUAUAACUGGAAAUGUGUCAUUAGCAUAACUGACUUGCAUAUGCCACACACCCUGACAUCAUCUAUCCUGACUGUUUUGGACCCAAUCCUGGCCAUUCAGGGCCGAAAUUGGACCCACAAUGGCAAAAAGGCUGAAUAUGGCCAAAAAGGGGUCCAAAAUGGUCAGGACUGGGCUGCUGCUGAGUGGGAGAGUGAUCCACCACCCAUCAGAGGCCCGAUCUGGGCAGUUUCGGCCCCAAUCCAGGCCAAAACAGGCCCAAAAUGGCCGAGAGUCAGGUGGGUGGGGCCAUCUGUCAUGCGACCUCUUUGGGGAACUACCUCAAAAUGUUCCUCCUCAAAAUGAGCCCUGGGUGUGAGGUGCAGCACAGCUGGACAUGGUUGUGUUGGCGCCAGUUGUUGUGUUGAUGCCUGUGUCACAUAAACAGUGGGACUGCAUCUGAGACUGCAUCCACACCAUGACCUUUACUUGAAAUGGGUGUAUUUGACCAGAGUUUAUUCCAUAACAGAACUACCACAGCUGCAUCCGCAGUCAAAGCUGCGGUUGCAGCUGUCUGUGAAAAUGCUCUGGUAUGAUUCUCCUCUAAUGGCAAACUGGGGUUUGUUAUUAUAGGAACGAGCUUGGAGACAUGUAGGCUCCUGCGCGCUUCUCUCCUCCCUUUGUGGGCAGCCCAGUGGUGACAUUUUGUUUUUGAUGCUAUAUCCAAAUCACCAACUGUGGUAUGUUCUCUUCCCUACAGACGGGAUCCGAACAAGGGCUAAAUUACAGUUUGGAAUCCCGGCAUUUAGGGCAAGGGACAAAUCAUAGUUUGUGAUCUGGACAUAACCGUAAGCUAUAGUUUCCCAUGAAAGUGGGAGCUGCUGACAAAGAAAAGGGGAAGGGCAUGCAUGGCCAAGAAUCCCCUUCCUUGUUGGAAGCUGGUGGAACGUAAUGUAAAUGCACUCAAUUUUCAGAAAGGAAAAAAAAUCAUGGUUGUUGUGGAUUUUCCGGGCUGUAUUGCCGUGGUCUUGGCAUUGUAGUUCCUGACGUUUCGCCAGCAGCUGUGGCUGGCAUCUUCAGAGGUGUAGCACCAAAAGACCGAGAUCUCUCAGUGUCACAGUGUCACAGCUGCUAACUGGUAGCUGGCGGUCCAUAGUUUGAAUCUGACUUGUAGAUGUUCACUAAUCGGCCUGCAGCUUCUAGGGGUGAAGGGAGCCCUUUAGUUCCAUCCCAAAUCCUCCUUGCGGCAGGAUUUAGGAAAUGUGUGGUGGAGGAGGACUCCGCUCAGGCAGCCUGUCUGUGUAUCUCUUGAAGUUUUCCUCCACCCCUCAUAUAGGAAGCUGGUUGGUUAGAGGGGUUCAACCUCCACCAGCACUAGGUUUGCAAGGAAGAAAGAGAAAGGGGGUAGAAGCAUUGCUCCGCCCCAAUUCCUCAUGUUCUCAACCGACCAAUCUAGUUGCCUGCAAAACAUUCACUGCAUGGAGGGAACUUGGAAUUGCUCCCUGUGGCGGCUGCCUCCACAUGACACCAAUUCAUGCAUUGAGGCACCUCCUAUCCAGGUAGAUAGGACAACCUGUCUCUCUGCUGCUGCAACAUCACACCCACCUCUGCAGAGGUUUUUCCAGCAGUGUGAAGAAAAACAUACAGACCCUUUUCUCUGAGUCCAUUGUCAAGAGUUAGUAUUUGGGGCUAGUUUAUACAUUCCACCGAAUCAAAGCGAUCAAGCAUUUCCCAGACUCUGCCUCUGUAAGCUGCAGCUGUAGUUCGGGGUUUGCAUGUUUGAAUUGCUUGCUUUUGCAAAGUGAUGGAUUGGCCUUUUGAGAUAAUAGUUUUGAUGUAGCGGAUGUGCUAAUUUUCUGAAAAAAAAGAAGGGACUAUUCAAAUAUGCAGUACGCACACACACACACACGCUGCUGCCUGAAGUGGUCCAGUCCUUGCAAAGAUUUUGAGCCUGUUGAAUUUAAACUGGAAAGCCGCCUGCGCCAUGACGGUUGCUUUGGUUAAGCAUCGGCCCUUAAUUUCUAACAGGCACAUACAGCAGCUUUUUAUACACUCUGCGAGUGCUUCUAACAACUUCUACAGAAAACAGAGAACCUUCCUCAGAUACUGGGUCACUUCACCGGCUUGAACUUUUGACAUUAACAGAGGGUGCAAUCCCAGCAGGCCUUCUCUCGUGUGAGCUGAGAUUAACAGAAUUUCUUGGCUCCAGUUUCAUUCAAAGGAGCUUGCGCGUGGAAGGAAUUCUGCCAGAGGGUGCCCAUAGGUUCUUGUACCUAAUAUUUUAGGUAUUGAUUGCUUUUUCUCUUUUUUAAUGUAUGACAAUGUAUUUUUUAAUUUCCUCAGAGCAUCUUUAUUUUAUUUAAUUUUAUAAAAAGAAAAAAAAGUUGCGUAGAGUGUGUUGUAGCAUAGUGUUUUUACUACUACUUCUCUAUUUUUAUUUGUUCUUAACAACACAACUACCUCAUGCUUGU